AAAACGCAUUCUCCUCGGAGGUCUCGAUCCCACAGACCGGAAGGGCCGCUGGAGAAACAAAAGCCAUCGAAAGCCGGAUGGCUUCUUGAGAGGAACCGGAAAACAGCGACCCCCGUGGGCGCCGCGGCUGGCGAUUGCGCGUCAACUCUAUGGCUCCGGGUAGCUAGACCUGCCCAGUUUGGGGAUUAGUUUUGAAGGUCGCGCAUAAAACGACCCGGAAGCGGAAGUCGAGGAACCGUCUCGUAGCUUGAGGUCUGGGCGGGAGCGGCCGAGUGGCGCGAGGAGCCGUUACCAGAGCCGGAGCCUCCGGUGAGCGUGAGAAGCGGAGUGGUGCUCCGGCUGGCGUGCGGUGGCGGCGCGCAGAGGCGGGAGGGAGGGGAAUCCAUCGCGGAGGCGCGCCUUUGCAGCGGGGCAGCCCGAGUCUGCGGGAGGGGCGAUGCGCGGUUAAGCCUGAUCACGAUGACAACCUCCCAAAAGCACCGAGACUUCGUGGCAGAGCCCAUGGGGGAAAAGCCAGUGGGGAGCCUGGCCGGGAUUGGUGACGUCCUGAGCAAGAGGCUGGAGGAAAGGGGCUUUGACAAGGCUUAUGUGGUCCUUGGCCAGUUUCUGGUGCUAAAGAAAGAUGAAGACCUCUUCCGAGAAUGGCUGAAGGAUACAUGUGGUGCCAAUGCCAAGCAGUCCCGGGACUGCUUUGGGUGCCUUCGAGAAUGGUGUGAUGCCUUCUUGUAGUGUUCUCUGGGGAUCCCUCAUACCCCAGCCACAGCACAGUUUCCAGAGUCUGCAGCAGGGCAGGGCUCCUCCCUGUCCUCCAUAAAGGAAAAGAUGGCUGUUGUCACCCUCACCUCCUAUGUACUCCAGGGUCUAUGGGGAGUUCUCUCCCCUCAGCGUUUCAAUCUUUCUGGGAUCGUUUCCCUUGCAUGCCUUUCCCUUCCACCUCCCCCUGCAGUUCCGUGGCAGCAGUUACCAACUUUCCUGAAUGGAUUCCUGGCCCCCUUCUCCCUCACUAUCUGUUGGAUGCCCUUUGGCUCCUUUCCUUUUUUUGGCAAAAACAGUCACUGUCCUUAUAAAAGAUUUUUAAAUUAAUAAAAUCAGUGGCCUUCAUACUUGG